AUGGUGCCGCUCCCCGGGCCGGUGCCUGCCGUGCCGCCGCCACUGCCGCCACUGCCGCCGCCACUGCCGCUACAGCCCUCCAGACAGGCCAGGAGACGGCGCGCCCCGCCCCGCCUGCCGCCCCGCCCCGGAAGUAGAACCCAGCCGGCGCGGCCCCGCCCCCCGACCCGGAACGUAAACACCCGCGCCGGGCGGCAGAGUUGGGGUGAAGCUCGCCGCCCCGAGGCUGCUGGGCGCCCGAGGCAGACCGGAGACCCCCGCAGCGACGCCUCGCGAUCAGCAAGGCGGUCACCGGACGGGACGCCUCCCCGCCAUCCUGGGCUCACACCUCUGUCGGGGAGCCAGACGGGACGGUGGCCACGAGAAACGAGACAACGCGGUUCGAGAGCGCUAGAAGCGGAACGGGGAAAUUUAAAAAGAGGAAUGGGCCAAAGCGUGGGGACAGGGGAGGUGGGCAGUCCCGGGGGGCCACUCUCUGGAGACGACUUUAGAGACCUGGAUGUGCUGACUGAGACGAUUGAUCCACUUCUAAGUCUUGAUCCACAAAACACUGAAUUGAGGCCCCCACGGGGAAAUGGAGCCAGAAUUCCAGCCGAGUUCUGCGUGACCCACAUCCCCUUGGUCUUCCUACUGCAUUGCCUCUCAACACAUACUCUCUGGCCCCUGGGAAUUUACCUUUUGGAUUCAGCAGAGAUCGAGAGAUCUUUGGAGAAGGAUGCUCUGCAGCAUUAUUUAUGAUAGAGAAAAAGUGAAAAGCACCAAAGCCAGGUUACAGAAGAAUAGCUAAGCAAAUCAUGGCCCACCUCACAAAGAAUCUCGUAGUUGAAAGUGCUAAUUAUAAAGGUUAUGGAAAUGCAAGGAAAGGCCAGUGAUAACAGAAUAAGUUAAAAAAAAAGCCCUGUUCAGGGAAUUCCCCCGUGGUCCAGUGGUUAAGCCUACAUGCUUCCACUGCAGGGGGCAUGGGUUUGAUCCCUGGUCAGGGAACUGGUAAGAUCCCACAUGCCACACGGUUUGGAAAAAAAAAAAAGCCCCAUGCAAAAUGGUCUGUACACCAUGAUUACAGUUGUGUCAAAAGUCAAAAUACAGGGCUUCCCUGGUGGCGCAGUGGUUGAGAGUCUGCCUGCCAAUGCAGGGGACACGGGUUCGAGCCCUGGUCUGGGAGGAGCCCACAUGCCGCAGAGCAACUAGGCCCGUGAGCCACAACUACUGAGCCUGCGCGUCUGGAGCCUGUGCUCCACAAGAGAGGCCACGAUAGUGAGAGGCCCGCGCACCACGAUGAAGAGUGGCCCCCACUCGCCACAACUAGAGAAAGCCCUCGCACAGAAACGAAGACCCAACACAGCCAAAAAUUAAUUAAUUAAUUAAUUUUUUUUAAAAAAGUCAAAAUACAGUCAUGUGCAGGGACUAUGAUAGAAUGUAAAAAUGAAAAUACUUGUGUGUUUGGUUGGUGGGGUUGUUUUUCCCAUUUUCAAAAUUGUACUUUGUAGUUGCUGCUAAUUUGUUAUUCUAGUUAAAGAGUCAGUGUGUCUGAAUCCCUCCUCUCCCCCGCAGAAAGCCUAGUUUAGGUCUGUCUGCCUCUGUAACUUUUGGUGAGACAUCACAUACUUGCUUCAUGGAAUUGUCUUCAUGGCACUUGAGAUGGUAUAGGUUAUUGAACUCGUAGAGUGUGCUUUACAUUUUCCACCACCAGCCACCCCCCCUUUAAGUAUUGUAAUUCCUUCCUCCCGAGAUUUAGCCUGGUACUGGAGGACCAAGAAUCAAAAGCCUGAUGUCAGCAGCUCUUCUGGGCUUUUGAAAAAAUCUAAACUCAUUGAGGGGGGUGAGGGGAGAAGGAAGAAGGCCUGUGAGAAACUAGGAGGAAUAUUCCCAGGCCAUAUAACAGAAAAGGAGUGUGUGCCUGCCCUCAAAGAGACUAGACCUCAAAGCACUAAUAAAAACCAUGAUGGGAAUGUAACUAACACAAAGUACUUAACAUGAACCAGAAACUUUU